AUUUCGAUAGAGGACAAGUACGCGGCGAUCGUGGGCGCUCAGCCGGGCAGCUUUGCGUUCCUAUUCGGUCUGGCGUGCAAGCACCCCAGCGAACAUGUACAGAAAUAUGCCAUCCACACGAUCUUCUCGCUCAGCCGAAAUGACAAGAACAAGGAGACCAUCGCGACCAAGUGGUUCCUGGUGCUGGCCAAGCUGUUCGCUUCGCCCAACCAGAGCAUACAGACCCUGGCUACCGCCAUCAUGGCCGAAAUCUCCAUCGGCUACGACGAGGCCAAGGCGAAGGCCACCAAAGAGAUCGGAGUGCUCAAGAUUGUGCCGCUCCUUAAGUCUGGCUCGAGCGAGCAGCGAUACGAAGCCUGUCGCCUCCUCACCAACAUCACCAACAAGCAAGCUGAGGUGCAAAAGGCCGCGGUGAAGGAGGGUCUGCUUGCUCUUCUACUCGGGAUCGCAACCAACCGCAUCGACAACAACAGGAGAACCCAGACCGCUGCUCUGAGUGCUGUGGCGAACAUUCUGGCGUUGGUGGGCGACAAGGAGACGGACAUGGGCGCCGAUUUUGCGCGGGAGAACGUGACAGGGGCCAUCGUCACCAUCCUCAAGGAGGCGCGGGGCCAGGACCGAGAGACGGAGGAGCUCCAGGAGCAGAACCUGCGAGCCAUCGUCGGCAUCACCAAGCACAAGGCGCUGUCGGCAGAGUUCAUUGAGAAGGAGGGCGUUGAGGCGCUGACGCCGCUGCUGGGGCCGGCCAACAAGGAACUCCAGAAGCAGGCCGUGCGAACGAUCAAGAACCUGUCCAAGAAGUACAAGAAGCGACUGGCGGCCAAGGAAACGCUCCUCGAUUCGCUUCAGUCGGUGGCGACGGAGAGCAGCUCGACCAACGUGCAGAAGGUGGCCAAGAAAACCCUCUCACGCCUCCAGUUGUCCACCAAGUAG